AUGCCAGACGACAUGUCUAUGAUUCCUUACAAUGGGGGCAACCUGGAUGUUGUGCUCCGGCAUAAUGACUCGGUCGUCGUGUUUGACCAUGAUUCCCAGCAGCUAGCCCUCCGAAACGCAGCAGAUGACCAUGAUGGAGAUCUAGAACUUGCAAACUGUCCACUCUGUCACCGUCCAAUGCAUGAAGGCAACCGAGGAAGACACCGUGGGAGUACAGACCCAGAAGCGGAAUUCAUCAACCCAAAUUACUUCCGUAUGCUCAACAACAGCUUGCCAAGCUCUGCAAGCUCCUCGAGACCCUCUUCGCCGCGCCGCCGUCUAGUCCGCCCUGCCCUCCCGGAUGGUCCCACCAGCGAGCCGUCUUCUGGGCCGGCCCCGAACCAGGGCCAAGGAAUAUCCUCCUCAGCAUUCAGCCCGGACUAUUUCAAGCGCUUUUUUGUGGAAGAAAAGGUUCUUGGCAAGGGCGGGAAAGGUGUGGUCCUGCUUGUGAAACACGUAUUGGAUGGCGUAUCUCUCGGACAUUUUGCCUGCAAACGUGUCCCAGUUGGUGAUGACCACGAAUGGCUAGAGAAGGUGCUGGGCGAAGUGCAGCUAUUACAGAAUCUUUCCCACCAAAACCUCGUCUCCUAUCGCCAUGUCUGGCUCGAGAAUGCCCGGAUCAGCACAUUCGGUCCUAGUGUGCCAUGCGCCUUUAUCAUACAGCAGUACUGCAACGCAGGUGACCUACACAACUACAUCUGCGGUGGUGUUCAGACAACAACAACAGCUCAACAGCUCAAGGAUCGACUUCGGAGAAAGUCGAAAGGGGAGCCAGAGCUAAAACCAGAGAUGGGAGGGCCUCGCGUGCUGCAGUUGGAUGAAAUUUAUUCCUUUUUCAGGGACAUCACUGCUGGUUUGCGCCAUCUGCACAUGAAUGGCUAUAUCCAUCGUGACCUGAAGCCGAACAACUGCCUCCUUCACGAGACAAGCGACGGCAUUCGAGUACUAGUCAGUGACUUUGGCGAGGUACAAUCACAGAACGCAAUGCGCAAGUCAACUGGCGCGACAGGAACAGUCUCUUACUGUGCCCCCGAAGUUCUUCGACAAGAAUACCCCGACGGACCAUUCGGGAAUUUCACUUUCAAAUCCGACAUAUUCUCAUUGGGAAUGAUUUUGUACUUCUUGUGUUUUGGGGAACUUCCCUACCACAGUGCAGAUAUUAUCAACGAAGACAAUGAAGACUUGGAUCAACUUCGUGAUGAGAUUACACAUUGGACUGGGUUUGACAAUGCCCGAAGGAGAAGACCCGAUCUACCUGCCAAACUCUAUUCAUUUUUGGAUCAAUUGCUCUCCGUGGACCCGGAUCGACGUCCUACUGCGGAUGAUGUUUUGAAUGGCAUUCAAGCUGCGAACAAUGCCAGUGAGAAUUUCCGAUUCAAGCGCAACAAUUCAGCCAGUCCCGAUUUGCCUGGGGCAGCUCGAAUUCGGACAGUGGACAGUCCGGUCCCACCCCCGUCCAUGGAAAGAGCCCUAUCGCCCAUCAAAAAGAAGAUUGCACGAAGUCCUGUGUCAAUGAGACGUGACUCAAUGUUUGACUCGUCUUCUGGGCCUAGCGGCACCCCAGCAUCAGAAACUGUCUUGGAAAACAGGACAUCCCUGAGCCCUGACAAAGACCUAGUAAUGCGACAAAGAUAUUCAACAUCCUCCCCAAACUCAUCCACGAGACAAAUACAACCACACGAAGAACCCAUGGACCUGUCAGCUCCGCCUAUCACUCAUACGCGACAGCUCCUCCCGCCACCACCACCCACCUCAUCCACAUUCAUGAGUCGCCUGGGUGCUUCAACUCUCUUCCCCGGCCUGCAAGUCUCGCUUUUCUUGGUCAAAGUGGUCACGGUCCUGCAUCCCUGCUCUCCUGUCGCAGUCAGACCCUGGUUCCUGUAUCCCCUUCUUCUGCUCGCAGCGAUCACCCUACGAGCGCAUGAUUUGCGUGUACAGGCUUUAUCAACAUUGGCACAUGUUCUCCUUGUAGGGCUCGGUAUGCAAUUAGGGGUGCUUUGUACAUGGCAUGGCGAAUAUGCCAUGGGAGUUUGA